GGACCGGGCCGCUGGGCCGCCACCGCCUGCGUGGUGACCGGCGCUUCCCGCGGCUUCGGCCGCAGCCUGGCGAGGCUCCUGGCCCCGCAGCUCGGGCCCGGCUCGGCGCUGCUGCUGCUGGCGCGCUCCGCGGAAGCGCUGGCCGAGCUGGCGACCGAGCUGCGAGCCGGGGCCCCCGGCGGUGACAGCGGCGGUGACAGCGGGCUGCGGGUGCAGUGCGUGGCCGCUGACCUGGGCUGCGAGGAAGGGAUGCGCAGGGCGAGCGCUGCCGUGCGGGAGAUGCUGCGGGACGAGUCCUUGGGCCGCCUGCUCCUGGUCAACAACGCCGGUUCCUUGGGAGACAUCUCCAAAUCCUUCCUGGACCUCAGCGACCUACAGGAGAUCAACACCUACUUCUCCUUCAACAUCAGCUCUGCUCUGUGCCUCACCUCCACGGCCCUGAGGGCCUUUGGGGCACGGCCUGGCUGCAGCAGGACCGUGGUGAACAUCUCAUCCCUGUGUGCCCAGGAGCCCUUUCCCAGCUGGGCUCUGUACUGUGCUGGGAAGGCUGCUCGGGAUAUGAUGUUCCGGGUGCUGGCGCUGGAGGAGCCCGGGCUCCGUGUGCUCAGCUAUGCCCCAGGUCCUCUGGACACGGACAUGCAGCUCCUGGCCCGGACCAGGACUGGAGACCUUGGGCUGCGCCAGCACUUCCAGAGGCUGCAGGAGAAGGGGCAGCUCAUCGACAGCUCUGUGUCAGCCCAGAAGCUGCUCCAGCUCCUGCAGGAGGAUUCCUUUCCCUCCGGAGCACACGUGGAUUUCUACGACAUCUGAGCUCCUCCACCUUGGCUUCCUGCUUUGCCCCGGUGCCUCCAGCAGGACUUUGUUCAAAUCAUGGGA